AUAACAUUUGGCAAUAGAAAAAUCCCAAUUUAGCGAGAGAAGAGAAGCUGAAAGUACCUGCAAUGGAAACCAAUGCUGCCGGAGCUACAAAGAAUAAUCGCUUGUAUGAGGAAUUUGAACCCUACUGCAAAUGGCUUACAAAGGAAGGACAAAAGAUUCUUGACAUUGAUUUGAAAGGUUUCAAGAAGGAGCAACUUAAGGUUCAAACCAACAACAGAGGAGUCCUCACAAUUUAUGGAGAAAGGCCUCUAGGGGGUGCAUCAAGCACUAAGUGGAGCCGUUUCCACAAAGAAAUCAGGAUCUCAAAGGACUGUGAUGUGAAUGGGGUCCAAGCAAAGUUUUCUCAUGGGACUCUUUCAAUUGUUAUACCUAAAAAAAGUUCACCCAUUCAACAAGCAAAAGGUGAAGCCAUGGAGAAGUAUUCUAUUUCCAAGGUAGAAACAAGAAAGAGAACAGCAAUUAAAGUUGCAAUUGGAUUGUUGGCGGUGGUGGCACUUGGGACUUAUAUAGCACGGCUAGUAGUAAAUAGAAAUCCUCAUGGUGCUGUUGAGUAAGUUGAUGUUGUGAAUGUUUAAUUUGAACACUAUUCAAUAAGUUAAGACUAUGAAAGCUGAAAAUGAAAGGGGCAAAAAUCAGAUUCAUGCUAGUGCAUAGGCUUUGAGAAGAUUUUCUGUGGUGGUGAGAAAAUAAGCAAGGUGCCCAUAUUUUAUAUCUUCUUGUAACAUAUCUUGGAAGAAAAAUGAAGACAGAUUAAGAUCACCUAAUUA